CAUUCCCCAUAGUGCCAAGCGACCGAGGGAGCUGAAUGGGGUCCGCCCCUGGCCGCCUCCCCUCCCUGCCAGAGCGCCCGGAUAAAGGUUCCGUUCCGUACGCAGUGCGGCUUGGUGCGACGCUGCUGACAGGGGACCAGGAGGCCGAUCCUGGGGGCAGAGGGGCGACAGCAGCCUGGCUGCCUCAGAGUCCCCGCCGUGGUGGGAAGAGGACUCUGGGACGGAGAUCCCGGAGGCCGAGAUGUCCGGGCCACCCUCGGCCCGGGGCUCCGCCGGCGGUGGGGGGUUGAACCGAGAACUGUGCCGCGCCUUCGGCCACUACAACCGACACCUGGCGCGGCUGCAGCACAACCUCAGGGAGACGAAGAAAUUUUUCCGCGACAUCACAUACUUCCAGGGCCCUGCGGGCUUCCCCGUCGCGAGCAGUGGGCCUACCGGCGAGGAGCCGCCUCAGCAACAGCCCGCCCCUUUGUCCGUGGAUAGCGCCCCUACUGGUGGGGGUGUCGCCCUGCAGGCUGGGCAGCUGAGUUCAAUUGCCUUCCCACAACAUGAAGAGGCAUACCUCCAGCUGACAGUAAACUGUCAUCCAUGCCUUUUAAUUUUUGGACAGAACUGUAAUGCAAAAUGCCAGUUACUCAACAUGCUUUUGGGAGAGAGACUGCUACCUACCACCAAAGUUAGCAGCGAGGAGAAUUGCAAAAGGCGUCGAAUUCGCUUCACCUAUGGAAAACAAACGCGGAUCAGUUUAGCUCUACCUGGACAGUAUGAAUUGGUUCAUAAAUUGGCAGCUAAUCAAGGUAGAUGGGAAACAAUACCUGAGGAGGACUUGGAAAUCCAUGAGGAUAAUGAAGAUCUUGCACAUCAAAUAGCAGAACUGGAGGUUACACUGAAUCACACAUUGUUACAGGAAGUGGAUAUGGUGGUAGCUCCAUGUCGAGGAUUCCAGUCAGCAGAAGUCACUUUAGAAGAACACAUGAACAAUGUCCUUCCAGUCAUCACUUUUGCCAUCAGUGAGACAGAACUCUCAGCACUGGAUGUGAAUGAACUGCAAGCGAUUAAAGAGAAAGUCUCUUUGCCUGUCUUCUUUUUCAAAGUGCCAGAUUUGGGAGUUGAUCUGGGAGCCCUUCAAAAUGCAAAUGAAAAGUCCUCCCUUUAUCAGCAGUUGCUGGAUUUAGACUACCUGAGUACCAACCACUGUAGCUGUGGAGCUCCCAGCUCUGAUGCCAAAGCCCAGAGCAUGUUGGUAGAACAAUCGGAUAAGAUCCGUCUGCUUAGCACUUUUGCCAGGCAGGUGCUGCAGAAACACUUGGUGGAUGCAGCUACCAUCUUGAACAUAGUACAUUGCCGUUGCCUGGACCUCUUCAUCAAUCAAGCCUUUGACAUGCAGCGAGACCUGCAGAUCACUCCAAAGCGUCUAGAAUACACGCAGAAAAAAGAGAAUGAGCUGUAUGAGUCUCUGAUGAAUAUAGCCAACCGCAAACAGGAGGAAAUGAAAGACAUGAUAAUUGAGACACUUAAUAACAUGAAAGAAGAGCUACUGGAAGAUGCCGCUAAUAUGGAAUUCAAAGAUAUUAUAAUUCCUGAGAAUGGAGAGCCUAUUAGCUCCAAAGACAUUAAAUGUUGCAUUAAGCAAAUCCAGGAACUGAUCAUUUCAAGGCUAAACCAAGCAGUGGCCAACAAACUAAUAAGUUCUGUGGACUACCUGCGUGAAAGCUUUGUAGGGACUCUGGAACGAUGUCUGAAGAGUCUGGAGAAAUCUCAGCAAGAUGUUUCAGUGCAUAUUACAAGCAACUAUUUAAAACAGAUUUUGAAUGCAGCCUACCAUGUUGAAGUAACUUUUCACUCUGGUUCAACAGUAUCUAGAAUGCUGUGGGAGCAGAUUAAGCAGAUAAUACAACGGAUUACUUGGGUGAGCCCACCAGCUAUUACUACAGAGUGGAAAAAGAAAGUAGCUCAGGAUGCCAUUGAAAGUCUUAGUGCAUCAAGACUGGCCAAGAGCAUCUGCAGCCAAUUCCGGACAAGACUGAAUAGUUCUCAUGAAGCUUUUGCAGCCUCCUUGAGACAGCUAGAGGCUGGCCAUUCAGGCAGGCUGGAGAAGACAGAAGAUCUUUGGUUGAAAGUGCGAAAGGACCAUGCCCCUCGUCUUGCCCGCCUUUCAUUGGAAAGCAGAUCCCUGCAAGAUGUUUUGUUACAUGGUAAACCAAAGCUAGGCCGUGAGCUGGGCCGAGGGCAAUAUGGAGUGGUGUAUUUGUGUAAUGCCUGGGGGGGCCACUUCCCAUGUGCACUGAAAUCUGUUGUGCCACCAGAUGAGAAACAUUGGAAUGACCUUGCCCUUGAGUUUCACUAUAUGAGGUCUUUGCCAAAGCAUGAGCGAUUAGUAGACCUUCAUGGAUCUGUGAUAGAUUAUGGUUAUGGAGGAGGUUCCAGCAUUGCUGUUCUACUGAUAAUGGAACAAUUGCACCGAGAUCUCUACACAGGAUUAAAGGCUGGAUUGACACUGGAGACAAGAUUGCAGAUUGCCUUGGAUGUAGUUGAAGGGAUUCGGUUUCUUCACAGCCAAGGCCUUGUUCACAGAGAUAUCAAACUUAAAAAUGUAUUGCUUGAUAAAAAUAACAGAGCUAAAAUCACGGAUCUGGGAUUUUGCAAACCUGAAGCAAUGAUGUCUGGUAGUAUUGUUGGGACUCCUAUUCAUAUGGCUCCUGAACUUUUCACAGGGAAAUAUGAUAAUUCUGUGGAUGUAUAUGCAUUUGGCAUCUUGUUCUGGUACAUCUGUUCAGGACAUGUGAAGUUACCAGAGGCAUUUGAAAGAUGCGCAAGCAAGGACCAUCUUUGGAACAAUGUCCGAAGAGGAGUCCGCCCUGAACGUCUUCCCAUUUUUGAUGAGGAAUGUUGGCAGCUAAUGGAAGCCUGUUGGGAUGGCGACCCUUCUCAGCGACCACUUCUGGGCAUAGUUCAGCCCAUGUUGCAGGGCAUAAUGGACAGGCUUUGCAAGUCAAACUCUGAGCAGUUAAACAAAGGAUUGGAUGAUUCUACUUGAAAAAAAACUAUGGAGGAAGUGUUCUGUUAUGUGAGAGCUCUGGUCCCCGCCUCACCACUGGAAACUCGAGAUGUAGCUCUUCAGAAGAGAUCAUCCAAAAAUUGUGCACUCAGGUGAGAGGAUAUGAAAAGUCCAUGUUACAGCAGCAGUCAGGGACAGGAAUUCUCAAGCCACACUACUAAUGCAAGUUGCCAGUGCUUCCUUCUUUAUUGAAAAAAAAAAUGAACAAAAAAUCAGAGGAUUCAGACCUCUUAGUCUACAGGGGAAAGCACUGUAUGUUUCAGAAGACUGGCAGCUAGCAUAUUUACAUCUCCAGCUAUGGUCUGCUAGUGGUCCAUGUAUCUCAGCCUCCCUGAAUGCCACACAUAUGAAUGUGGAUGAUUGGAAGAAAUCAGUGGUUUCCCUUUUGUAGGAAGGGUGAUCCUCCUAACUUUAGCUGCGUGGACAAUGAAAGGUAUGAGCUAAUAUUGACUUCCAGUAAUGUUUGGUAUGUUUACAAGGAGGGAUCAAAGCAUCCAUACUCCUAAGGGGAAGGCCCCACUGCAAUGGAAUACCCCAAAGGAUAAGCUAUCUGUUCUUUGUCAUGUGAUGCAAGCUCUCUUCUGGUGAAUGCUUAGUAGCAAGUCUACAGACAUCUGACUGAAGAUAGGCUUUUUAAUAUAUAUACACCAAGAUGGGUACUAUACCAAAAGAAUUUGCACAUACAGAAAUAGAAACACAGCUUAGCAACUACUGUCUAUACCCAAUGGACAACUAACAGGUCAUGUUUUUAACUACAACUGUUUUCUUUUUUUUGAGUUAAGAGGCAAUGACUGUUUUAAACUCUAAUAUUGACAAGCCAUUUUUUUAAAAAAAUAUUCCAAUGUAUAUUUUAAGUCAUUCCCGGAGAGAGAGAGAGAGAGAACAUAACAAAAACCUGUCAUUAUUCCAUAGGUGUGCAUAGUUGCUGUGCCUGACCAUCAUUCACUACCUUGAGGGUUAUAAUUUGGCUGUGUUAAUCCAGGAGACCAUUACAGGGAACACAUGGGGAGGAAGGUCCUGAGAAGUCUGAAAUGAAGGGCUCUUUCCCAUGUAUUCUAUACACCUUGGAACAAUGAUUCCUUUGUUUUGUCUUGUCUUGAAAUUUGUUGCUUGGUACAACGGUGAGGAUGGCGUAGACAGAAAGAGAGAAUGCAACUGGCAUAAAUAAGAGUAGGGACCAACUGCCAGCAUUUCUACGGGUACUUGGAAAUCGGGUAUGUAUCUUCAUGCUUCCUCUUUGACUCAAUAGGACUUGCACUGGGUCCAUCUCCAUAGGAUAAUCUAUAUACUGUGCAAAGCCAAUUAAAGUCUGCACCGUACAGUACUUUGUUUCUGAAGUCGCUCUUGUACAAAGCAGAAAUACAGCCUCUUGUCUGUUUUACAUAAUCCAGUAGAGAAGAAAAUAACCCUGCAGUGCUACUUACCAGUUAGAUAAACGCAUAAUUCUGUAUGCAGCAAAGUGGAGAUGUUUUAAAAAUGAUUGCAUUUAUUCAAUAGGCAUUCAUUGUUAUGUGGUCAUCUAAACUGUAUUGGCACUUCUGUCCACAGAUUGUAGCAUUGGACAAGUUGAACUGAAAUGUGCAACAAUAGAUGCCAAACAGGCUCACAGAAAAGCACAUAUAUUCUUAAAUAAAAUGUCCUCAUAAUGUUACAUAUGUAUAACUGGACCACCAUACCAGUCACUUGACAGUAUUACUCAUUACAUACCCAAUUACUGUGUGCUAUGGUGGCUAGUGGCCUUGUUUAGAGUUAGAAGGGUCUAGGUCAGUAUUUUUUGGAGUACAGAAACAGUUUGUGUAAAAUAAAAUAAAUAAAACUGUAUUUGAAAAUGUAUUGAAUAGCUUUUCCCAAGCAACUACUUCCUUACUCUUUAUCCUGUGCCUUUUUUAAAAAAAGCUGAGUCCAAGUAUGGUUCAGUUCCACUCGGUCUGUCUUUCCCCAUAGACACAAAUUGCCUCCAUAUACCUUGAGCAACCACUGAACAACCAUGCACCCACUCCUCUGCUAGACAUACUUUUAAAUUAUUCUUUUGAUCAGUCCUGAAGUGGAUUUCAGUCUCUGGAACAGAUAAACUUUGUUGUCUGAAAGGUGCUACCGUUUAAAAUGUAUUGGGCUUUGAUUUAAACCAUAAUACUCUUCAAUAUUUGAAGUGCUCUCCCCAUUCUGUUACUAUGUUUAUGUUCUAAGCAUGUAAUGUAAACACUAAAUAGUUUCACAGCUGUAGCUACAGAGGCAAGCAAAGAGGCCCACCAUAGGUAUUGCACUGUGACUAAUGAUGGCCAUUGCUGAGCACAUCGGAACACAGUGCUCUUGUCUUCCUCCAAUGACUUUACAGAAUCACAGAUUUGUCAAAGGCAAAACACAAGAGGUCUCUGAAAAGUGACUGUUCCACUGAAGUACAACUUGAUAUAUUAAGAUACUACCUUCAGCCCCACUCUCAUGCCAUGCUCUUUUUCUAGGACCAAGCCUUCAUCAUCCAUUUUGUUCUAUACCUAAAAGAAAGCUUUGUUUACUGAGCUGUAUUAUGCAAGGUUUACACGUUGUCAGCCUGAUGGUCACCAGCCUGAUGGCUAAAGCAGGUGCUCUGAAAGAGAAGUUUCCAUAAAACUGGAGACAUGAUCAAUUGAGCUAGUUUACAAAACAAGAAUACUUGCAGAAAUUGCAAGCUGGAGGAAGUACAGCAUCCAUACUGGUGCUAGUACCUGAUGGUUUCAAGACAGAUAUUCAGUGUUGAUCCGUUGCAGGGUACUUCUUAUUUUUCCUUUGGAAACCAUGGCCAUUUAGCCUCUGCACAAACACUACAUAGGAACUGCAUGAGCUGACCAUUAGCUGCUAAAGCAAGGCUUGAAUGCAAUGCCGGACUGCCAUGAUGUGGCACUGGAGUGCUACUCUCAGCUUGCUGCUGCAUUGCUGCUACCAAUCACAUUGUUGUCCAGUCAAGUGGAUUGUAGGAGCUGUUAUUUGGCAACUGACAAUGUUUCUUGUCUCCUCCUUCCCUGUUAUUACUCUCUCUUGUCUAGUUAAAAAGCAAGCUAUUUCACAGACUCCUUUUAGCACUUCUGUUUGCUAGUCACUCCCUUUCCCAUGAUGGUGUUUGGAGGGUCAGGAGACACUUGAAUGUUGGCUUUUGCAGGGUGGUAGAUGUUAAUGGAAGGAACUUUAGUGCUGCAUCCCUAUUGAGUGUAGUUCUGUUUUGAGCUCCUUUCAUUUUUAGAGAUGUACAUAAUGCUUUCUCUGUAUUUACUGGUUUCCACACUAGAUGUCAUCCUUAUUUUAAAAAUUGUAAUACAGUACUGCAUUUUUUUUUUCUCCAGGGAGAGAAUAAGAGCACAUGUGCAUUUGAAAACUCCCUCAGGGGCUUAUAUAGCACUGCAUUUCUUAAAACUUUUUAUUGUUUUUGUUUUGUUAUUGAUGGUCAACUAUUACACUUUCCUGUUGGGGAGGGGAAACAUGAAAAGAGCUGUACAGUUCCCAUGUAAUGCCUAUAGAUUUUGUACUACUGUUAUUUUUCAAACUGAUGUAUAUUAGUCUUAAAGGCAGAAGCAACAAACUUACUGACUGUAUAGGAAAAGUGCAAUAACAUGGAAAAUGACAUGGUUAAGAACAAUUAUUUCCCUUGUAUUCUGAAAUAGUAAUCUCUCCACUGCAGCCCCAUUCCCCAUUAUAUGUAUUUUAAGAGACGUGACUGUGGGUCAAGACUUCAUUUAGUGCCAUAAUGAAGGUCUGUUUUUAAUAGACAAUAGAAUGCACAGAAAUGCUGUGUUGUACAAUAAAGGUUGCAUUAACAUCUUA